AUGGCCCGGCGGGGCGGGCCGGAGCGGCUGCGGGACGAGCUCGUGGACCGGUGCGAGCGGCUCCAGCUGCAGAGCGCGGCCAUCGCCCGGCACGUGGAUGAGGUGCUGCCUGCCAAGGACCAGGCUGUCCUGAACGCGGCCAGCGCGGCGCGGGAGCUGGUGAUCCAGAGGCUGCUCUUCGUGGGCAAGGCCUGCGAGAACGAGGAGCAGCGGCUGCUGGAGAGGGUGCACGCGGAGGAGGAGAGGGCACACCAGAGCAUCCUGACCCAGCAGGUGCACUGGACAGAGGCUCUGCAGAAGCUGGGAGCCCUCCGGACCUACCUGGUGGACAUGAUCACCAACCUGGAUGACCAGGGCCUGCUGCGCGCAGAACGAGAGAUCUUCGAGAGGACAGAGGUGGCGGAGGGAAUCUUGGAGCCACAGGAGUCCCUGAAGUUAAACUUUAAUCAGACGUGUGUUCAGAGUCCACUCCUGCACCGACUGUGGGCCUCUGCUGUGCUCUGCUGCCUCACAGGCUCACAGGAGAUUCACAUCGAUGAGAGAACCCUCAGCCCCCACCUCAGCCUGUCGGAGGACAAGAGAACGCUGACCUUCAGUCCCAAGAAAGCCAAGGUGGACUUGGACUGCCCGGAGCGGUUUGACCACUGGCCCAACGCCUUGGCCACUGCAGCUUUCCACUCUGGGCUGUGUGCCUGGAAGGUGGGCGUGGAGCAGAGCUGUGCCUACAAGCUGGGGGUUUGCUACAGCUCCGUGCCCAGGAAGGGCUCUGCCAACGAGGGCCGCCUGGGAUUCAACGCCGCCUCCUGGGUGUUCUCGCGCUACGACCGGGAAUUCCGGUUCCUGCACGCGGGGCAGCCCCAGCCCGUGGAGCUCAUCAAGGCCCCGGCCCAGAUCGGGGUGCUGGUUGACUUUGCGGGGGGAGAGGUGCUUUUCUACGACCCCGACUCCUGCACCAUCCUCUUCUCCCACAGGGAGACCUUCACGGAGCCCGUCUACCCCGUGUUCGCCGUGGCACACCAGAGCAUCUCCCUGGUCCAGUGAGCAGGGCCUGAGUGUGACUGUGUGUGCUCUGCACUGUGCCCUGGGGGGAAAGGAGCCCAGGCAGGGCUGUGGGCUGUGUACAGUGUUCAGACAACACCUGCUUUCACACUACAGCUGUUCUUCACGUGUUUUA